AUGUCACAAACAGUUUAUCAAGCCAAUGGGAAACCAUUAUCACAAACCGCCCUUUAUCAACAAAGAUUAAGACAAGGCGUCUACCAGUCCCCUAGCAACGUAUCGGUCGGAGUGAACACCAAUGCUUCAGAUACGGCGGCGUUGUUGGCUGCUUCGUCAGAUUUGACGGUCAAACCAUCGUACGAACGUACAAUUGCACAGGAUGCCCACACGGCAGCGCUCCUGGCCAAGAGGGAUGAGGCCAGUCUUUGGACUCGAGACGACGAAGCCAGAACGGCCACGAUGAAAAGUAUGGGCAGCGGCUACACAGGCGUCACAGGAGCUGUGAACGGGGGGUCGAUUUACAAGGUUGCUACCAAAAAUUCGUCUGGGACGAUGAGCACGAGAUUAGACCCAGUCAAGGACUAUAGACACGGAUUGGCGGCUAAAGGUAGUGCUGCGGCGCUCAACAUCGCUAAGAUCAACCAGGUUGCCACGCAGAAAUCGAGCAAGUCGUUGAACUCGAGAUUCAACCCAGACUUGGACUAUAGAUCGGGAUUAGCCGGCCACCAUCGUCCUGCCGAAUUUUUGGACCAGGAAGAGGAAGAUUUAGCUGCCAGUGGAGCGACAGCUUCGUUGAAGCACGGUGGAUCCACCACAAGCGGUGCUGCGUCGCAAGUCAGGUCCAAGUCGUUCAAAUCUACCGAUGUUGCUUAUGGUAACUUGUUGGUAGCAGCCAAUAACAAGGCACAAGACCGUUUGAAGUCGCUCAAUUCUUCCACUAGCAAAGAUUUCAGACAACAAGCCAAGGAGUAUGCCGGUGCAUUGGCCAUUGCACAAAAGAACAGUGAUGAAAGAAUGAAAAACAACAAGGCCGGUAUGGUUGACUUGGGAGGAGGUUUAACCAUGUCACUUGCAGAUUUAGAUGCCAAGGCGUCGUUGGUGGUUGGUCCAGUGUUGUCUGAUAUUGAAAGCAAAGCUGUUGCUCAAAGAGAAGCUGAUGAACAAACCAAGACGAAACAUGCCAAAUUGGUCGGUCUUCACCAAAAGUCGAAGCAAGAAGAACAUGCCCGUAAAGAAAGAGAAAGAAAGGAGAUUGAGAAGGAAAAGAACGCAAGACUCACUGCUAAUGAAGAGAGAAAGAAGGAUGAAGAUAACAAAUAUGUUGAGUACCAAGCGUCCAGAAAUGAAGAAGUUGAAAGUAAGGUUGGUGAAUUAAAGGCUUUGGAAUUGAAAUAUGCCGAAGAAAAGGAAAACUUAUUAGCUGAGAAACAAGAGAACCAAGACCGUAUAGAUGCUGAAGAGAAGGAAUUAAAUGAUAACCGUAGUAAGGAAUUGAAGGAAUUGCAAGCUGAAAAAGAUGAAAUUUUGAAACCAACUUUGGACGAAUUGGAAGAAGAAAAUACCAAAUUAGAAGCAAUCGUCAACUCCAAGAAAGAAAUUUCUGAAGAAGUCGAGAAGCUGAAGGCUUUGAAUGAGGAAUAUGACUCCAAAUUGGCCGAAUUGACCAAUAACUUAGAAAAGGUUAAAAUUGAAAUUGAAGAAUACACCAUGGAGUUGGAAUUAGCGACUCAAAAGCACGAAGAAACCUCAAAGGAAACCGAUAACUUACGUCAAACCUCCAUUGAUGAGUUGAAGCAAGCAGAAGAUUCCCACAAGGAAUUAGACUCCAAGAUAAGCGAAUUAGACGCAACCAAGAGUAAGCAUUUAGAAGAUAAAGUAUCCCAAAGAAAAGAUAUCGAAUCCAAACUUGAUGAAAGAGUUAAGAACGAGCAUGAAAUUAAUAAAGAAUUACCAGAACAUUUACAAAAGGAUAUUGAUGAAAAUAAAUUAAGAGAUACUGGCUCUUUAUUUGAUGAACCUAAAUUUGAGGAUGACGAAGAAGAUGAAGCCGAAACCCCUCAACCCGCAAAAUCUAAGUCCGUAGGAGUUUCUGGUGUGAAAGAAAUUCCGUUAGUAGAUGACAAGGAAUUAGAGACUGGUGCCGUUGUUCCAGGUAAAUCUAAGUCAGAAACAAAGGCAAAAGACACGGAAAAAAAAAGUAAGUCAACUGCCGGUACUGCUGGCAAAGAAUCGAAGAAACCCGAACCAAAGACCUCUAAUGCAAAGUCACCAACCAAGGCUAAACCUGCUUCUACUAAUGAAUCGCCAAAGAAAGCUAGUGGUUUCAAGAGAUUCACCAAGUACUUCUCUGGUUCCCCACAAGAACCACCUGCAUCAACUAAGAAGGCGGAACCAAAGUCUACCAAAAUAGAUGACAAGACCAAAUCCGCCAAGGACACCGCUAAGGAUGCAACCAAGGACACUAAAUCAUCCUCAGCUAAAGAUACUUCAAAGAACGAGUCAAAGACUGUAGCCAAGGACUCAUCAAAGGAUAGCUCGAAAGUUGCUGACAAAAAGGACGAAAAGUUAGCCAAGAACGAAUCUGAAGGAAGUGGUGUAGAUAUUGAUGAUCUUUCUUCUAGUAAGAAUCAGGGUGGGGUCUUCAAAGAGGAAAUUUAA